GUUAAACGUCAUCGCGUUGUUGUGCGCGCGGGACCUUUGAGAGAAGCGAGAUAAAAACAAGAAGAAGAAAGAAGCAGCGUUGUUAAAACACUCUGAGCUCCACCACACAGAGUUGUGCUCUGUUUCACCGUCUGCGUCCCUCCUGUCUGCCUGAUCCAGCUGCCAUGGCGAUGAGGAGCGAAACAGCAGUGGAGGCAGAGGUGGAGGAGGAGGAGAACUUCGGCCCACAGCCUCUGAGCAGACUGGAGCAAUGUGGCGUAAGUGCCAGUGACAUCAAGAAGCUGGAGGACGCAGGUUUCCACACCAUCGAAGCUGUGGCUUAUGCACCGAAGAAGGAGCUGCUGAACAUCAAGGGCAUCAGCGAGGCCAAAGCAGACAAAAUCUUAACAGAAGCAGCCAAACUGGUCCCAAUGGGCUUCACCACAGCUACUGAGUUCCACCAGAGGAGAGCAGAGAUCAUCCAGAUCUCCACCGGCUCCAAAGAGCUGGAUAAGCUCCUUCAGGGUGGGAUCGAGACUGGCUCCAUCACCGAGAUGUUCGGAGAGUUCCGGACGGGGAAAACCCAGCUUUGCCACACGCUCGCUGUUACCUGUCAGCUGCCAAUUGAUCAAGGAGGUGGAGAAGGUAAAGCCAUGUACAUCGACACAGAAGGGACCUUCAGACCUGAGCGGCUCCUGGCUGUAGCUGAGAGGUACGGGCUGGUGGGCAGUGACGUUCUGGACAACGUGGCCUAUGCCCGGGCUUUCAACACCGACCAUCAGACCCAACUGCUUUAUCAGGCUUCAGCCAUGAUGGCCGAGUCCAGGUAUGCUUUGCUGAUCGUGGACAGCGCCACGGCUCUGUACAGAACCGACUAUUCGGGCAGAGGGGAGCUGUCGGCGAGGCAGGGACACCUGGGACGGUUUCUGCGUAUGCUGCUCCGGCUGGCGGACGAGUUUGGCGUUGCAGUGGUCAUAACCAACCAGGUGGUGGCGCAGGUUGAUGGGGCAGCCAUGUUUUCUGCAGAUCCCAAGAAACCAAUUGGAGGCAACAUUCUGGCUCAUGCCUCCACCACUCGCCUGUACCUGAGGAAGGGUCGAGGAGAGACCAGGAUCUGCAAGAUCUACGACUCCCCUUGCCUGCCGGAGGCUGAAGCCAUGUUUGCCAUUAAUGCCGACGGCGUUGGCGAUGCCAAGGAUUGAUCCGGCUGAGCAGCAGGAAGUCGUGGCUUGGACUGUUUAGCUGUGAGGCCACUGAAGACCAGAUGUUUCCUGCAGACCAGUACCUGGAUCGUACUGGUCACACCAGUGUCUUAUGUUUGUUGUGAACUUCUGAGAGUUGUACUGAAACACCAGGAUGGGAUGAAGUCAUGAAUGUUUCUGUUGUAGAAGGUAUGAGAGGGGUGAGGGGUGGGGUCUGAAAAAGCAACCGCUCGUUUCUAAUGUCCUGAUUUCUGUAUAAAUACUAGAUUAAAUGUGUUUUACGAUGACAA